GCAUUAUACCACCGUCUGCUCAAAAACCCUAACCCUCUAUUUUCCAGCUUACCAAACAAACACUUAGGCCUCUCUCUCUCUCUCUCCUCCCACAACCCAAUUUUCCCAGAGAAAAACACUUCUCUCGGGAAAAAUCCAGGAGAGAAAGCAGAGCUUACGCAACCAAUCAUGGCUUCUCACUCGCCGAAUCUCGAGUGCCGCAUGUACGAGGCCAAGUACCCGGAGGUGGACAUGGCGGUGAUGAUCCAGGUCAAGAACAUCGCCGACAUGGGCGCCUACGUCUCCCUCCUCGAGUACAACAAUAUCGAGGGCAUGAUUCUCUUCUCGGAGCUCUCCCGCCGCCGGAUUCGCAGUGUCAGCAGCCUGAUCAAGGUCGGACGCAUCGAGCCCGUCAUGGUCCUCAGGGUCGACAAGGAAAAGGGCUACAUCGAUUUAAGCAAGCGUAGGGUUUCGGAAGAGGAUAUUCAGGCAUGCGAGGAGAGGUACAACAAGAGCAAGCUCGUUCACUCGAUUAUGCGCCAUGUUGCUGAGACGAUGGGCAUCGAUUUAGAGGAUCUGUACAUCCACGUUGGCUGGCCUUUAUAUAGGAAAUACAGUCAUGCUUUUGAGGCCUUCAAAAUCAUUGUGACUGAUCCUGAUUCAGUUCUCAAUUCCCUUACACGUGAAGUCAAAGAAAUCGGCCAUGAUGGGCAGGAGGUGACUAAGGUGGUUCCUGCAAUGACGGAGGAGGUUAAAGAUGCUUUAAUAAAGAAUAUUAGGAGAAGAAUGACUCCGCAGCCUUUGAAAAUUCGGGCUGAUGUUGAAAUGAAAUGCUUCCAGUUUGAUGGUGUUCUUCACAUUAAGGAAGCUAUGCGGAAAGCUGAAGCUGCAGGCAACAAUGACUGUCCUGUCAAGAUUAAGCUUGUUGCUCCUCCACUUUAUGUUCUGACCACUCAGACUCUUGAUAAGGAACAAGGGAUAGCAGUUCUAAACAAUGCGAUCAUAGCUUGCACCCAAGCUAUUGAACAACACAAGGGGAAACUUGCUGUGAAGGAGGCACCCAGAGCCGUGAGCGAAAGGGAUGAUAAAUUACUUGCUGAGCAUAUGGCUAAGCUACGACAGGACAAUGAGGAGGUCAGUGGUGAUGAGGACAGUGAAGAAGAGGAAGACACUGGAAUGGGAGAAGUUGACGUGGAAAACGCUGGUACUGGGAUCACAGAGUGAAAAAAGAAGCCCCCCAGAUAUUGACAAUAGUUUUCUGAGCAUUUUUUUUCCUCCCUAGUUUUUACUUGCUUUUUUGACCGUUGUAUAAAAACCGGUGAUGAGGAAUUAUAUCGUUGAGGUAAUCUGCGAAUAUACUAGCUUUCGUGAUGGUCGGUUCAUGGCCUUAUUCAUUCGGGAUGACAUACAUUUACAUUUGUGGAAA